GUUUUCUGACUUCUGAUGUUUACAUUGAAUCCAGCUGAUAGUUUUGACUGUAUGUGUAUGUUAUAAACAAAUUUUGAAAACAAUGUCGUCCUUUAUGAUACAUAAAACCGUGUGUGGUUUAAUACAGUUACCUCCUCGGUGAGUUUUAAAUGUGACAGCUGCAAUUUCGCCCUUUUGUGACACCAGUGAUGGACGAUGUUUAUGCCGUGUGUGACUGAAAUAUAAGCCUAUUUAUUUGUGAAAAUGCGUGAAGAAUCGGGGCAAACGCCGAAACCUGGCGAGAGAGCGUUGGCAGUUAUGAAGUUUGUGGAAGAUGUUGCAAUUUUUAAAACGCCAGACACACCAAAAAUAAAACGGAAGGCGAAAAAAGUGUUGGAUGAAGAUUCAUAUAUACAGGAGAUGGGCAAAAUAAUCCAGCGAGACUUUUUCCCAGAUCUGGAAAAACUAAAAGCCCAGAAUGAGUAUCUAGAUGCUGUGGAGAAAAAUGACAUUGAGAAGUUACGGGAGCUUUAUUCAAAGUAUAGUAGUGGAAAACGCCCACCAACAGAGAGAUAUGCUAGCCCUGCUACAUUUGAAACUCCUCUUGACGUUCGAAGGGAGGAUGACCCUGCAGGUUCUGCAACGCCUAAACAAACAGCAAAAGAUAUCCAUGGCAAUGAUAGGGCCUCUGAGGUGACAGAGAGUGCAUCCGAUGGCAGGAACAGUGACCCAGAAACAAAAAGCCUCGGAGAAGAAGAUGGGGGCUCUGUAAAACUGAGCUUAGAUCAGUACCUGAACUCUCACACCAGUGAGGACAACCAGAGCUUUCAGGAGAUCAUGGAAGCAGCAGAAGUAAAGCAUAGACAAAAGUAUUCGUGGUUAUACGCAAAAGAAGACAAUUCUGAUAAGGAUAAGAACAAAAGGCUUGCACUACCAUCAAUAGAACAACAAGCAGCUGGCACAGAAAGACCACUUAUGAUUGACACUUGGGGCUACACUAACAAGAAUUACAUAAUGUAUGUUCCAGAUGGGGUGGCUCUGACACCAGAGGAGGAGGUGGAACGAGCUCGGAGGAAGCAGGAAGUGGUACACCAGAACACUCGCCUUGCCAAGAACCCAUUUGAUGAGCAACACAGCAAAGAAGUUAUCCACCAACUGGCUCAGAGCCAGGCCCAAGCAUUGGAGGGCAAGAUUGGUGUGGAUGGCAAAGAACUCACACAGACCGGUGCCACACCCACAAUACGAGGCUUCUCCUUUGUGAAAACUCCUUCUCCAGCUCCUGGUGUGAAUGAGUCUCCACUGAUGACAUGGGGUGAGAUUGAGGGAACACCAUUUCGCCUGGAUGGUGGGGACACUCCGGUUAGACCAAACACAGGCCCAAGUUUCCGCAUGCCAGAACCACCAAAAAGAGAAAAACUUGCUCUCGCCCUGGCAGAGCGUGCGGGUGAGAGGCUGCGUGACCGCAAAACUCGUGCUAUUGCUACUGCAUAUCAACAGUUGUCCACGCCAUCCCCAAGACCUGGUUCUGGAACUUUAGAACGCCUCAGUUCAAUGUCACCUGCUGCAAGGCGACUUGCAACAGCUCAGCUACGAACAUCUGACCGUGCUCUGCAGGCAUCCUACAGCCCCAGCCCCAGACGCUGCACAAGUGGAACAAGCAAUGGCAACACCCCCACCCCCGUUACUCCAGGCACACCCCGGUCUGCAGCGCCAGGGUCAACGCGAGCUGCUGUCUCAGCAGGGAUUCGCAGGCAUCCGACACCGGACCGGAAUCUCACAGAUAACUUGCUGUGCCUGCCUAAACGGGCACGGGCAUCAGAUUUCUUUUGAGCUCACUUUCCAUUUUUGUAAAUGACUGGAAUAUGAAGAGUUACACAGGUGCUAGAGCUGUGAACUGACAGAGGUUCUAAUUUUUUUUAUAAUAACCACAGACUUUUUGUGUAACCUUUGAACCUCUGGUUUUCUGUGUGGUGAUACCUGCUGCUGCAUUUCACUGGAAAGCCAUAUAAUUAUACAUUGGGUUACUUUACGUUGCAGAGUGUUACAGCAAGGAGUAUGAACUGGCCAAAUAUGGAAUAAAAAUGAAGCUUACGCCAGCAUGACAAUUAUCAUUUUAAAGCACAUAGUGCUUGUCCUAGCCACUGACUGAAGUUGCCAGUGUGUAGCCUUGUAGCAGUACAACUUCAGUUUCUCAUGUUUAGCGACCACAUGUAAGAAAGUGAAUUAAAUAACGGCUAUCCAUCUGUAGCGUAUUUCAGACCUCUGUGAAUCAGCCAUUAAAAGAAACAAAUAAGUGGAUGGACAACACAUGUACUUACUGCUGCUGUGUUUUGUGCUAACUACUACUUAUAUACUAUUGUGUGGUUCAAUGUUCUCAGGAUAUGUUCAAACAGAUGUAAACAUGGCCUCAUUUAUGUGUACACCUUAAAGUACUGUAAAAUAAUUGCGAGACUAUUUUCUAAUAAUUUAGGAAGUCUUAUGUAAGUUGGUCAAAAAUUUGUGGAAUAUCUAACUGCACACAUUGUGCUUUGAUUUCCAGCCAUAGUGAUGGAAGCAGGAAAUAGAAAUGGUAUAAAAAUAUUUAAGAAAUUCCACGUGUUGACAUUAAUGAUGUCAACAUUAAACUUCAUCAGAGGAGAUACAAACUGUAGUAGAGUCAGUGUUAGUAGAUCCCAGAUAGAUGGCAGCACUGUUGCCAACUUUCAACUACGAAGCACAAAUGGCUGGGUGCAGUAGGCUCAUGCACCUGCCUCUGCCAAUCACAUAAUGUGAUUUUACAGACGUUUCUAUGGCAAUGCCUCAGUGAUGUCACAGCUCUACAGGUGGCUACGGUUUUC